AAUAUAAACUUAGCUUAAUACCAAAAAAUUAAAAUCAAAAAUUUAGAAACAACACAAACAACACCAACACGAAAUAUCUAGACUAAGAACUAUUAAUCACCUAACUAUAAGAAUUUAUUACCCUUUUUUUUCGGCACUACAAGCGUGUCCACGCUCUACGUAGCGACCGCACUUCAUAUUUUCAAAUAAGACGCACCAGUUGUCCCCUUACAACAGGGUACCGUCUGGCGAACCAACGGUGUUUUUAAGCUGGCCCAUAUUAUCGAUCUAGGCCGCAUUAAGCAAGUCAUCGACCAAACAACCAACGAAGCUACGAUAAUCACCGACCAACGGAUCAAUGCUUUGGUCUUCCACUACCUGCAACACGCAUCAGAGGGCAUGGAUAGCACACCAGCACGGAGGCCACGAUCAAUCGGCUGGCUAGGAUCAGCCUGGAAAUGGGUAGCAGGGUCACCUGAUAGGUCUGACUGGAACGCGAUCUUAAAAACAGAAGACGACAUAACCAGGAACAAUAACCAGCAGAUCCGGAUAAAUACCAAACUCUUUGACUCGACACACGAAUCACUCCAAAGAUUAAACGACGUCAUCGGAAGAGUCAACGCAAUAGACGGCGAUUUCCAUGUCACAACCGCCGUACUCCACAAGGCAAUAAUAAUAGCGGACCAAGUCAGUGAAAUACUAAGAGCCUGCCAACUGGCAAAGACUGACGUGGUGAACACGAAUCUAUUGGACCACGAGGAAAUAGACGAAAUUUUGACAGAGGUAGAAAGCCUUCCUUAUCAGAACGUGGUCGAAGCCGUUGAAUUCUCUCGACCAACAAUCCUCACGAAUGGAACUACAUUAUUAUAUAUCUUGAAUAAUUUACCCAACGGUAUCCGACGGCAAACAGGUUGUGCUGAAGUACAACAAACUGGCCAUGAAUAAG